ACAAUCGAGAUCCCAACGACCUCCAUUUCAUUUCCAUGGUACAAUCCCCGAGUCUAUUCGUCUUUAGCCGAUGCGCGAAUCGCCGGGAUAUGGUCUUACCCUUCCAACGUAGAAGAGCGGGCGCGCUGUGCCGUUUUUCGUGAUCUAUCCGAAAAAGGGUAUUAUAUGGGAAGCGGACUCAAGUUCGGUGGGGAUUGGCUCGUGUAUCCAGGCGAUCCAUUGCGAUACCAUUCCCACUUUGUCGCGACGGUCUUUUCAAGACCCACAUCAACGUUAAGACCAAUCGAUGUCGUGGCUUUUGGUCGAUUGGGAACGGCAACGAGAAAAACGCACCUUCUUUGUGGAUACGAUGACGAGACGGGCAUCGUAGAUUAUUACUCUAUCGAAUGGGCUGGUUUUGGUUGA